AUGUCGACCAAGACAGAAACCCCGUCGGCCAUCCCAGUAAUCCUCCUAGGCGACUUCGAGGCAACGGCCAAGGCCUUCAGCGAGGCUUUGCUGCCUGAUUUCGAGGUCGUAUACCUCUCCACAACCCCAGACCUAGCCCUCAAAGCCCUCCCCAGCGUCCUCGCCGGCCAAGCCCCGGCCUACCUCGCCCCCGAGGACAAGCUCAAGCUCGAGACGGCCGGCAGCGGCAGCGGCAGCGGCAGCAGCCCCAAAGCAAUCGUCAUCGCGGGCCCCGCCUUCGACGACGUCUUCGUCGCCGACGCGCAGCGGCUCUUCGCCGCGGCCGACUUGCACGUUCCUUUCUUCAAGAAGCGCGAGUACGUCGUUGGUACUAUUGAUGAUGAUGAUGACGUCGUUGCGGGUGUGGGCGGGGUUCCCAAGACUGCGGAUGUCGAGGGGUUGGCUGCGCGCGCGGUUAAGGCGCUGAAGAAGGCGGUUGAGGAGGGCAAGUUGGAGGGCGACGAUGAUGGGGUUUAUGUUUAUUAG